CCAGGAGGAGCCAGUAAAGCUCCUCGACACCCAGACUGGAAGCUUCAUCUCCCCCGGUCCUCACUGACCACCAGCAGCAGCAACAGCCGCCUUUCCCCCUGCAUUUCUCCGGGGGGGUCUGACCAGGCUUUGGUACAGCGACGCUCAUGCGUAUGAACCCUCCCGUGCGCCCGUGGGAAUAAGGCACCGAGCGAUGUCGGCGCCGGGUUCCACCAACCUGGGCAGCUCCGUCGGCUACAGCCAGAGCCCGACGCCGAACGGUGGAGCUGCGCCGCCCCGUCAGAACGGUCCGGCACAGACAUACCCCUCCGUGUAUCCACCUACAGGCUACUACGGAGCCCCACCUCAGCAACAGAGCUACCCCACGACCCAUGCCCACUCCAAUGCUGGUCCUAAUAAAGCGCCCAUUACGAACAGUGCCCACAGUGCUAACUACUACCAGAACAACCAUCAUCAUCACCCUCAUCAGCACCAUCAGCAUCAGCCCCAUCUCCCCCAGCAUCAUGUCACUCCCUCCCCGUACAGUGCUCCCCCGAGCUCGGCCCCUCCUUCUCAGCCAUAUGCCACACUCCCCUCUUCAGCGCCACCUCCACCAUCAAACGCCCAGUACAACCCGCAGCAGCCAGUCCAGCAGCAGCAGCAUCCUCCCUACGCCACUCCAGGCUCCUACUAUGGACAGCAGCACUCGUACCACGCUCCCGCGGCGCAGCGCCCUCAACAGCAGAAACAUCCGAGUUUGGUCCCCGUGCCAGCGGGCGGCCCCGGAGCGCCCCUCCACCCCAUCGUUUCGUACCCGUCGGCGCUGGGAAGCAGCCAGUACGGCACCCUGAGCUCCUUGCAGAGCGCCCCCGCGCACGGAGUCAUGCCCACGCAGGUGGGGGCACCCCUGCAUCAGUACAACGCCCCACAGCCAGCCGGCCCAACAACAACACCGGUGCAAGCCGGCGGGUAUGGCGUGGGGCCAAGCGGUCAGAUGGCGCCGACGGUCAAUGGUCAAGGAAGCACAGGCCAGACCACGGUCCACCAACACUACGAUCAAAGCCACCAGGCGCUGCAGAGCUACAACUCCUAUCACGGCGGAGUCACGCACCCUCACCGCGCUGGUGGUGCGGACGCAGACCGACCGCCCUCCAGGACCCCUUCCACCUCUGUUCACUCCUCGCCGGGCCACCACCAAGGCAUGCAAUAUGGAUACGUUGCUAAUAGUGGAGCUAGCUCCGCCUCUGCCACCACCUCAGGCCCAGCGGCAGCAAACCCCUCGUCAUCCAGCUCUGAGGAUGGCGAUGAUGAUGACGAGGAGGAGGAGGAGGAUGAGGAUGAGGAAGCAGGCGGUGAUACUUCCUCCUCCACCACUGGCAGCGCCUCUCCGGUGCCCAACAGCUACGACUCCCUGGAAGGGGGCAACUAUCCAGAUUCCCUGCCACCUUCUGAUGACAUGACCAACCAGGCCCAGCCCUACGGUAGCUAUGGUUACCCAGCCAGCAUGCAGCCGGCCUAUCCACAGGGGCCGACCUCCCACACGGACUCGUCUCCCGCUCACGACCCGUACGGCCCGCCGCCCAGCUACCAGCAGUUCUCCCAGCCAUUCCCGAACAUGUCCCAGCUGUCGGCGGCGCUCGGGGGGCUGAGCGGGGUGCCGGAGCUGGAGGUGGAGGCCCUGAGGCCAGUCAACCUGCUGCAGGAGAGGAACCUGCUGCCCCCCAGGCCCCUGGAGGCCCCUGAACCCAACCUCAGCCCUGACCUCAAGAAGGUCAACUGCAGCCCACAGACGUUCAGGUGUACGCUGACGAGCAUCCCCCAGACACAGGCUCUACUCAACAAGGCCCGGCUCCCCCUGGGUCUGCUGCUCCAUCCCUUCAGAGACCUACAGCAGUUACCGGUGAUCACCUCCAACACGAUCGUGCGCUGUCGCUCCUGUCGCACCUACAUCAACCCGUUCGUCACCUUCCUGGACCAGCGCAGGUGGAAGUGUAACCUCUGUUACCGGGUCAACGAUGUUCCAGACGAGUUCAUGUACAACCCAGUCACCAGGUCGUAUGGCGAACCCCACAAGAGACCCGAGGUUCAAAAUGCCACCGUGGAGUUCAUCGCGUCCUCAGACUACAUGUUGAGACCUCCUCAGCCGUCCGUCUACCUGUUUGUCCUCGACGUGUCUCACAAUGCUGUGGAGGCAGGUUACCUGAAGUACUUCUGUGAAUCACUUCUCGACAACCUGGAUAAGUUGCCCGGGGACACUCGCACCAGGGUGGGCUUCCUCACCUUCGACAGCACCAUCCACUUCUACAACCUCCAGGAGGGAUUAUCACAGCCGCAGAUGCUGGUGGUGUCUGACAUCGAUGAUGUCUUCAUUCCGUCUCACGACAGUCUGAUGGUGAACCUGAAGGAGAGCGCAGAGCUGGUGAAGGACCUGCUGACCUCGCUGCCGGCCAUGUUCAGUCAGACCCGGGAGACCCACAGCGCCCUGGGCCCGGCGCUACAGGCCGCCUUCAAGCUCAUGUCGCCCACCGGCGGCCGCGUCACAGUUUUCCAGACGCAGCUGCCCACGCUGGGCGCCGGCAUGCUCAAAUCACGGGAAGACCCCAACCAGCGAUCGAGUACUAAGGGAGUGCAGCACCUCGGCCCCGCCACGGACUUCUACAAGAAACUGGCUCUGGACUGCUCGGGACAACAGAUCGGGGUGGAUCUCUUCUUGCUCAGCUCGCAGUACGCCGACCUCGCCUCGCUAGCUUGUAUGUCCAAGUAUUCCGCGGGCAGCAUCUUUUACUACCCCUCCUUUCAUCACACCCACAACCCUACUCAGCUGGAGAAGUUCCAGAAGGAUCUCGAGCGCUACCUCACCAGGAAGAUCGGCUUCGAGGCGGUGAUGAGAAUACGCUGCACCAAAGGUUUGUCCAUCCACACGUUCCACGGGAACUUCUUUGUGCGCUCCACCGACCUGCUGUCCCUGGCCAAUGUGAACCCGGACUCCGCCUUCGCUGUCCAGAUGUCAAUCGAAGACUCGCUGGCCGACUCGUCUCUGGCCUGCUUCCAGGCUGCUCUGCUCUACACCUCUAAUAAAGGAAAGAGGCGUAUCCGAGUUCACACUCUGUGUCUGCCGGUGGUCAACCAGCUGAGCGACGUGUACGCCGGGGCCGACGUCCAAGCAAUCACUUGUCUGCUCGCCAACAUGGCCAUCGACCGGUCGAUCACGUCCGGCCUGUCGGACGCCCGCGACGCCCUGGUGAACGCCGUGGUCGACCUGGUGAGCUCCUACAAGAGCAACGUGUCCAACCUGCAGCAGUCGGGCCUCGUCGUCCCGGCCUCCAUGCGCCUCUUCCCCCUCUACAUCCUCGCUCUGCUCAAACAGAAAGCGCUGCGGACGGGCACCAGCACGCGACUGGACGAGCGAGUCUUCGCCAUGUGCGAGUUCAAGACGCAGCCGCUGCAGCAGCUGAUGCAGAUGGUUCAUCCCGACCUGUACAGGCUGGACAACAUGUCGGACCAGGGGGCGCUGCACCUGAACGACACUGUGGUUCCGCAGCCUCACCUGCUCCACCUGGCCGCUGACAGGCUGAGCAGAGAUGGAGCUUUCCUCAUGGACUGUGGCAACGUGUUCUACCUGUGGAUCGGCAAAUGCUGCAACGACAUGUUCAUACGAGACGUUCUGGGCUGCCCCGACUACGCCUCCGUUCCCCCCAACAUGAGUCACAUUCCUGAGCUGGAGACGCUUCUGUCUGAGAGAGUGCGAGCGUUCCUCGACUGGCUGCAGGACAACAGAGCGUUCAGCUCCACGAUACACGUCGUCAAGGACGAUGCUUCGGCUCAGGCCACGUUCUUCCAGCACCUGGUGGAGGAUCGGUCCGAGUCGGCUUCGUCCUACUCUGAAUUCCUGCAGAACGUUCAGCUUCAGAAGUAGACUCCCGACGUUCCCCAGAGAGAAACUCUGGCCAACUAUAGAAUCCUCGGACCGGACCGGACCGGACCGGACCCAAUGCGGAAGGGACUUCGGCCUCGUAGAGUGAAAACUUAGCUUUAGUCGACGACGGACGAACCCAUCGCUUCCUCAGAGCAGUUUUUAGCGAGGUGGGUCACCUCCCCUUCCUCCUUUUCUUUUCUUUUUUUUUUUUUUAACAGUCUCCGUAAACAAAGCAAACCCUCGAAGCCGAUUGGUCGGCCUCAACUUGACCAUGAGAAGUGGAGGGGAGGGGAACGAUGACGAAUCACUGGAAUAAAUGAAUAUGAAGGAACGGGGAUCUGUUACAUGUCCGAACGCUCCUCCGACGUCUCCUCGCUGCCUCGUCACCACCGUCGAGCCUCCGCUUAGCCGAGCCAAGAAGAUGCCACUGCAUUUUGUUUUAAGCUUCAUUUGUUUCCUCCGUGAUCGCCACACGUAGCUCGUUGCUGUCCGGUCUGUUGAAGGCUUAUAAUUUAUUCCCUUCCUUCGCUCCCUUUUCUUUCGUUUUCCCACUAUUUCUGAAAACACUGGAGAACAGAAGCGAACAUUCCUUCCUGUUGUUGUUUUCUUCUUUUCUUUUUUUUUUUCUCUCGGCACGUCGCUCUGAAAAUACGCAUGUCACCGUUUUGUUGUUUUGCUGCUAGUCCCGAGGAAAGAAGACGAAACCUGGGAACAUGAUUCAACAGUGGUUGGACAUUUCAAAAAGAAACAAAAGCAACUCCCUCUUCUCCGCUCCGCUUGUUGAGAUCACGCUUCAGAGAAAAAAGAGCCCCAACGUCCACAAAUCUUAUUCUCAUUUGUUUUCUUUAUUGUUUUUUCCAGGCGCUAACUCGAGUUGCUCUCCACUUUGUAACUAUGGAAAAAGAGUCUUUUAUGUGCGAUAAUUUAUGAACCAGCUUAUUAAAUAAAAAAACAAAAACAGAA